AUGGCAGGCUCAGAACCUUCAAUCCUUCAGCAAUUGGCCCAGUAUCGCCUCGGUAGAGCGCUAUACAGCUCAACGGGCGUGUCAUCUAAAUUAUCUUCAACUGGAAUCGUGAACCUUUUGAUAUUUUCAAGUCUCUUCUAUUUGGCCUGGGCUUUAAUUCAAGCACUAUGCCGGUAUCAGCGUGUCUCCCAUAUUCCCGGGCCGUGGUUGAGCAAAAUAUCCGGACUCAACCUCGUUGUGCGCGAUGUGUGCCUGCAGCGGAACGAAACGAUACUGGAAUGGCAUAAGAAGUAUGGCCCUAUAGUAUGCAUUGCUCCAAAUGCAGUUUCCGUGGCUUCACUGUCGGCAACCAGGGAAAUAUACGGCUCGACAGGCAAGUUUUCCAAAAGCAGCUAUUUCGACCACUUUAAGGGGUAUAAUGCGCGAUCAGUGUUCGCAACUCUUCCACAUCAGGAGCACCAGGCGAAACGACGACACACAUCUCAGUUUUAUCAGGCAUCUAACAUAUACGGCCGUCCUGAGGUUGAGGAUCUCACUCGGGAUCGAUUGUCGGCUGUAUUGCGGCAUGUGGAAUGCAAGGGCCCUAAUCCUUCAGUCGACGUCUAUUCGUUGACAGACUGGUAUGGAUUUGAUAUCAUCACACGCCUCAUACUCGGACCCAGGCACUGCACCAACGCCAUCGAGGAAGACAGCCAGGAGCGUGGGAUCCUACGGGGAUUGAAACAUCUUCAGUUCUGGGGCCCCCUUCACAUCAACCUUCCUGGGGUUUUCCAGAUUCUAGUCUCCCUCCUAAGUUGGAUUCCAAGCCUCGAUUAUUUGCAAGCGGAAGAUGAGUUGGCGGUAUGGUCCUACGACAAGGUCAAGCGUGCAAUUGAAGAUCCCCUUUUCGAUCGAGAUGACUGCCUACUUCGGAGGCUCGUGGCUCAGUGUGGUGGUUUGGACACAAAGGAAGCGAGAGCAAAGAAGUCGUUUGAGCAGAAUUUCAUCGCCGCCGAAGUCCUAGACAAUAUCAACGCCGCGGAGGCCACGCUUUCGGUAACAGCAACAUACCUCCUCUAUCACCUCAGUUUCCGGCCACAGUGGCAGGAAAAGGUGCGAGAGGAGCUGAGCAACCUACCAGUUCAAGCAGACGGCUUUCCUUCAUUCUCACACAUCAACGAAACCCCGAUCUUAGAAGCGUGUAUGAAGGAAGUAUAUCGUCUUCACCCUGCCUCAAGUGGACGUUCUGAGCGUGUGGUACCAAGCGGUGGGAGGAAGUUUUCUGGUGUUUAUGUCCCUGAAGAGACUGUUGUGACAACGUCCAUCACCGCAUUGCACCAGACCGAGGACGUUUUCCCUGCACCAGAUCAGUUUCUUCCCGAACGAUGGUUGCAGGACCAGACCGCGGGUCAAGAAUCGCAUCUCAUUCCGUUUGGAUACGGUGCUCGGAUUUGUCUAGGAAAGCCGCUGGCGACCCUGGAGAUCAAGGUUUUGAUUGCAGGGAUUUUCCUGCGAUACCGAACCAGGCUGUCAGAUUCAUUUGACCACGAAAUCAUGAAACAAUGCAGCACCCAUGAUGCCGUUCCGAGCGGGCUGAGAUGUCCUCUUGUGUUUGAAAAGCUGCAGUAG